CAAUCAACCACCCCUCCCGAGUCAGCCAGUCCCCACACGCACACGCACAGUUCAAACGGUAGAGAUUCAAAACCUCCCAAAACCCUCGCCCGCCGCCGUCGCCGCCAUGGACCGGGCCCCGCCGCGCGGCGCCCCCCGCGACGCCGUCGGCCAGCGGUGGCUCGCCGUCUUCGCCUUCCAGGCCGCGCUCUCGGCCGCCGCCUCGAUGCUCCACCUCGCGGUCUCCCCGCGCCGCCGCCACCCGCUUCUCGGGGUGCCCCGGGGCCUCCUACUCGCUCUCCACCCGCUCCUCUCCUGCACCGCCACGGGGUUCCUCGCGCUCGCCCUCCUCCUGUCCGCGUCCCCGCACCCGCGCCCUCCCCCGCUGCCACGGCGCGGGCUCGCAGCAUUCCUCCUCGCCGCAUCCGGCGCGCUCUGCGUGGGCGGCGCCGCCUCGCUGCUUCCCGAGGACGCAGGCUGGGCGGCCGUCGCUGGGCUGGGGUUCCGCGGGGCCGUGCUAGGCGCCGUGUUCGCGGCGCACUACUUUGGCCGGCGGAGGUGGUUGCUCCAGUUCCCCGUCGUGCAGCGACCUCUAUUCUAUGGAUUGAAGAUAGGGCUUCUGCCAUCUGGAAAAAGGGCUCUGAAGGUGUCGCUCCAGGCCUUCUGCCUGUCCUUUGUCCUGAUUGUAUUACUUCCUCGCCAAUGCAGGAUUGGAGGCUCUAUUGGAAGCCAAAUACUCACUCAGAUAAGCAUUUUUAUAGUGACUACUGAUGUUUCCUUCUGUUUGGAAAUAAGCCAUCAUUUUGUCCAGGUUGUACAUACAAGGAGGUGCAGUUUUGCUCCACCUCAGAGCACUGCCGCUGCAGAGACUAAUCCCACUGAAUGUAUCCUGGAAACAUUGGAACAAAGUGAUCCACGAUCAUUAAUACAAUAUCUUGCUUACCAAGAUUUGUGUGUGGUAUCUGAGUGUAACUUGGAACCUUGGCGUCUAGGUGCCUUUUUUGAGGAAUCUGGUGAAACUUAUAAAAGAAUUGUCACAGCAUGUUUGAAACCACUUGAGGAGUUUACUUCAAAAAUUGCUGAAGCCCUUGAAAGUUUUUCUAUUGAUAAGCCAGAAUUGAUAUCACAACAGUCCAAACUCUCUGGUGCAUUUGAUGAUUCUCAGAUAUGCACAUGGUGUGCUCGGACAUUGGCAGGAUUAACAGCGCGCUCACGCCAACAGGAUCGGUAUGGAGUCGCUCAACUCACUGGCUGCAAUGCUACUGUGAUGUCUACGUUUAUGUCUGCUCUAGUAGCAAUUGAGGCAUGUUUAGGAAAGAAAACGAACCCACAACAUGUGCACUCACUGGGUCCAGAAAGCAUUAGGUGGGCUAACUUUUCCACAGGGAGAAAAGGUAGUGGAACUGCGAUUGCAAGCACACAAAGAGGUGGUUUGACCAAGAAAGCUUAUGCCAUGGCAGAUAUUCUUCGGACUUCAAUUUAUCAGAUAGUUUCAGCAUUCUUGAAUGACCUGCAAGCAAAUGCAAAACCAUCAAGUUGGGAGAAGAAUUGGAUCAGUGAAGGGAGGAAGUCUAUAUAUGGUUCACAUGCUGUGUUGGUUCAGAAGUUGUGUUUGUUUAUUGAGUACAGUGCUGUUUGAUCUUGACUCGAUGUCCCUCAGAUCCUUACUGCACAUCAAACAAUACUUGGAUGAAAGUGUUUGGUUUUCGAACAAGGUUCAGGAACCAUUGUUUUCCACUAGAAGCUAUCAAGGAGAUGGAUUUUCCAUUCACAAUCUUUAGGUUGGCAGACGGGCCUUGACUUGGUAUUCCUGUGCAGAAACUCUCUUCAGCAGGUUCACUGUACUUCUGUACUGUGGGAGGCGCGACUCUGGGAGUGGAAAAUCAUGAACUCGACUCGUGUUCUACUUUGAUUGUAGCCUUGCAAACUGAAGUUGAAUACAAUUAUCUGUGUGUUGUAUCAUGGGAGGGAAUCUGAAAUAGGCUGGCAAUUUGUUUGAUCGGCCUAUUAGAUUCGUCAUACCGACACUGUUACUAGUUGCAUCUUAAAAUGCUAGCCAGAUUUAGAUUCAGAUGAUCC